AUGCCAAACAAAUAUGUUAUGAAGAGAUGGACAAAGGAUAUGGUUCCGAAUGAAUUAAACGCGACGUUCGAUGUAAAGGUGGAUGAUAAGGAUGAGCAACACAAGGCUAAACGGAUUGCUCGCGAAAUCAUCUACACUGGGGAGUAUUUGGUUAGCAAUUUGAUUUCCGACCUUGAUCUACUUGUUUUAGUAAGGGAUCAAAUGAAGCAGAUUAAAGAAAAAGUUGAUCAGAGUCGUAUAACCAAGCAGCUUGAUCCAAAGUUUGACCGGUUUUCAAAGCAUAUUGGUUACCAACAACCAGUAACUAAUGCACCUCCUACUGUCCGUGUGACGGCUGGUCAUGAUAUUCGGACUUGCGAGAUACUUAAAGGCAAACAACAAAAGAAGAUGAAGGGAGUCCAGAUUGAAAAAGAUCCCAGGCAUAAAGCUAACGAGGUCGAAGAUGAUGAAGAGGAAGAUGAGUUUGAAGAUUACAAUGGAGGUAGUGAUGAUGACAGUGAAGAAGAUGAGUGGGAGGAGGUGUCAGAUGAGGAAGAUUAA